UCGCCCCGAUUCCCCACCAGCGCCCCCUUCCUGGGCUAAGCCCUGCUGGGGCCCUCCUGGUGGGCACGAGGUGGUCCGGGACAGGGUGACCGGCCCCGCCCUUCCCUUUGCCCGCGGGCGUCGCAGUCCCGCAGGGCAGGAUGAGCUCCCGGGCCGCCCCGCGGCUGCUGAGGCUCCAGCGACACCUGGGUCCCCAGGAGGGCAGCAGCAUGGAGCCUACGGACAGCCCGCUGACCACCCACGUGCUGGACACCGCCUCGGGGCUCCCAGCCAGAGGCCUCUGUCUCCGCUUGUCCUGGCUGGAGGACCACAGCCAGCAGUGGAUGGAGCUGAGGACAAGCUACACAGACCCAGAUGGCCGCUGCCCUGGACUCCUGAUGCCGGACCAGAUGAAGGCAGGCACCUACAAGCUCACCUUCGACACUGAGGGCUACUGGAGGAAGAGGGGGCAGGAAAGCUUCUACCCAUACGUGGAGGUUGUGUUCACCAUCACCAGCAAUGCCCAGAAGUUCCACGUGCCCCUGCUGCUGAGCCCCUGGUCCUACACCACCUAUCGAGGGAGCUAGAGUGAAGACUGGCAGCAGGAGGCUGUCUGCCCUUUCCCGCACGCUGGCUGCGCCCACCCAGCCCUCAACAGAGCCCGGCCCUUUCCCGCACGCUGGCUGCACCCACCCAGCCCUCAACAGAGCCCGUGGGCUUCAUGCUCGUCAGGGGAGCACUGGUGUCACCAAUUCCUGGGAAAGUCCUGGCCCCCUGGAGAAUCCCACUGGGCGGCUGUGACUCAGGUGUCAAUAAAGUCAGUGCCAGCACCUGCAAAGCUGUCCGUUUGAUGGGACACCAGUGGCAUGAAGACAGGCAGCACAGUGCAGCACUGCCCCAGCCCCCGGUGAGUGCGGGGCACUCUGAGAAGGUGCUGCUGACUGUGGUCGGAGGUGCGACCAGGGAGUAGGCCUGGACACAGCCUGGACAUGCACCCAGGGAAGGAAGCGACAGGGACACCAUGGGUGAGGGUCCUGCAGGUGGUUCUCCUCCACAGAGCCAGGAAUGAGGAUGGCAAGAAUAUGUGAAAAGCUUUCAUUUGCUGAUGAUAAAAUCUAAAAAA